AUGGCAGAAAGCCAGCCACACCUAUGUAUUCAGAUGUCAGACUUGAAUACAAAUGGCAUCCCCAGCAGAAAGCAGGCCUCUCCGGACUUAGCGGGCAGGGGAGGAAGCGUACUAACUUUCCACAACAUCUGCUACCAUGUGAAGUUGAAGACUGGGUUCCUCUGUUACCAAAAACCAGCUGAUAAAGAAGUUUUGAGAGACGUCAAUGGCAUCAUGAGGCCAGGACUAAAUGCAAUUUUGGGACCCACCGGCAGUGGUAAAUCUUCUCUGCUCGACAUUUUAGCCGCAAGGAAGGAUCCCCAUGGGCUUUCCGGUGACAUUUUGAUCAAUGGAGCUCCUCAGCCUGCCAACUUUAAAUGUACCUCUGGAUAUGUCGUACAGGAUGAUGUGGUGAUGGGAACCUUGACUGUAAGAGAAAAUUUGAAGUUCUCAGCAGCACUCCGUUUGCCAAAGUCAGUGACGGAACGGGAAAAAAAUGAACGAGUGAUUCAGAUCAUCAAGGAACUGGGUUUGAGCAAAGUGGCAGAUUCCAAGGUUGGCACCCAGUUUGCUCGCGGCGUGUCCGGAGGAGAGCGGAAAAGAACCAAUAUUGGGAUGGAGCUCAUCACGGAUCCUGCCAUCUUGUUUUUGGAUGAGCCAACGACGGGACUUGAUGCCAGCACUGCUAACGCGGUUCUACUGCUGCUAAAAAGGAUGGCAAAACAAGGAAAAACAAUCAUCUUCUCCAUCCACCAACCUCGGUACUCCAUAUUCCGACUGUUUGACAACCUGAUGCUGCUGGCCGCGGGGAGAGUGCUGUACCACGGGCCCGCUCAACACGCCAUCGAGUACUUCCAGUCUAUCGGCUAUGAGUGUGAGCCAUACAACAACCCUGCUGACUUUUUCCUGGAUGUCAUUAAUGGAGAUUCCACUGCGGUGGCAAUGAGCAAGACGGAUGACACUAACACAGAGAGCACUGAAGAACGCACUGAAUGUGAUAAAACCUUGGCUGAGAAGUUAGCAGAAAAAUACUCCAACUCUGCCUACUACCAAGAAACAAAAGCAGUAUUAGAGAAUAUUUCAUUGGGAAAUAAAAAGAAAACAAAAGCAGUUUUCCGACAAAUCACGUAUGCCAAUUCCUUCCUCCAUCAACUGAAAUGGGUGUCCAAGCGCACAUUUAAAAAUCUGGUAGGAAACCCUCAAGCUUCCAUAGCUCAG